AUGGCUGCAGAUGGUAAUGGAGGGAAUAAGGGAGGAAAGAAUGGCAAUAACAAUGGCAAUAAUGGCAAUAAUGGCAAAGGCAAUGGGAAUGGAAAUGGCAAUAACAAUGGCAACGGAAAUGGCAAUGGCAAAGGCAAUGGCAAUGGAAAUGGAAAUGGAAAUGGCAAUGGCAAUGAUGGUGGAGGCAACUCAGGAGGUGGCGACAAUGGUGGAGGCAACUCAGGAGGUGGCAACAAUGGUGGUGGUAAUAACGGGGGCGGCAACAAUGGUGGCGGUGGAACGAAAACAGUGAAGUGCGACAGGAAGAUGUACCCUUACUGCAGCGGGCAACAACAUUGCCCACCUUCCUGCCCAGGAUCCUGUUUCAUAGAUUGCAAAGCCUGCAAGCCUGUCUGCUAUUGUGACAAACCAGGUGGUGUAUGCCAAGACCCACGUUUCGUAGGUGGUGAUGGCAUCACCUUCUACUUCCACGGAGAGAAGGACAAGGACUUCUGCUUGCUCUCAGACUCCCACCUCCACAUCAAUGGCCACUUCAUUGGACGCCGGAACGCUGAGAUGAAGCGUGACUUCACCUGGGUGCAAUCAAUCGCCGUCCUGUUCCACAGCCACAAACUCUACGUCGGAGCUAAAAAGACCUCAAUAUGGAACAGUGCAGAGGACCAUCUCAUCAUCUCUUUGAAUGGAGAGCAAGUCUUAUUACCCACAGAGGAAGGUGCCAAAUGGCAAGCACCCACUGAGCCAACAGUGACCAUAACCCGUUCAAUUGAUGCUAAUGGAGUUAUAGUGGAGGUUGAUGGGAUGUUCAAAGUCCAGGCCAACGUGGUACCUAUCACCGAGGAGGAGUCACGAGUGCACCACUAUGGGGUUACUGCUGAUGAUUGCUUCGCCCACCUUGAGCUUGCAUUCAAGUUCAACUCACUCACUCAAGAAGUGGAUGGUGUGCUGGGUCAGACCUACAAAGACAACUAUGUUAGCAGAGUCAAGAUGAGUUCCAGCAUGCCAUUAAUGGGUGGUGUGGAUAAGUUCUCAUCCUCCGGGCUUUACACCACUGACUGCGCUGUUGCAAGGUUCAAUGGUGGCGGUGAGGGCAUUAUUGCCAUGGCCACAGAACUGGCUAAUGUGAUCAAGUGUGGGAGUGACAUUAAUGGUCAUGGGAUCGUUUGCAAGAAGUAAGCCUAGAGACCAACAAUAAAACCUGCCUCAUUGUCUGGUUUAAUAAAAUAAAAAUUUCUCUUUUGUUUGUUUGCAAAUUGCAAUGUUGUUGAUUAUGUACUUUAAUUAUCA